AGCGAAAGUGUUCAUCGUCUAGGCAGUGUUUUUUGGGGGCCUUGGAACGGUAUUUGCCUGUUUGGAGAAGAACAAUCUGGAGAAUCCGCCAUGGUGGAUGCGACUAAGGAUGUCUCCGGUGGUGGAAGUUUGAUCUCCGACCUCAAGAGUUUGUUCCCCGUUCUCAGGACUAGGAGAACUAUUGUUUUCGCAUAUGGGUUCAUGUUCACUUUCUUCGUCUGCACUGUCUUCAUCGCCUUCAACCCUUCUUUAACUUCUUCCCCUUGGUUCACCAACAUCUUCGGUAGUCGAAGUUCUGAUUCUUCCAACAGAUCUCAAUUCUCUUCUCUGUUUUCCUACUUUCUCCCCAAUUCCUCUCGAUUCAAUCACGGUUCCAUUCAAACUACUCUUCCUCAUCCCUCGCCACAAAGUGAUCUCAAGGUCUUCACGUCUCAUACCUCUAACGCCACAACGCCUCAUGUUCCAGAAGCAAAACAGUUCCAAACUGCGAAAAAUGGGUCGGAGAUUGGGACACCAUCGUCACCGACAUCGCAACCUGUGGAUAAGAAAGGGUCUUCUUCGAAGAACGGAACAGAAGCUAGUAGUGGUAAAAUAAAAUCGCAACCUGUGAGUUCGCCAUUGCAAUCCUCUAAGAAGGAUGAUCUGCCUAAGAAUGGUUCUGUGAGUGGGUCUGCGAAAGCGACCCUCAAAUCACCACCCGUGGAUAAUCGAGUUGCUCUGAAGAACAAAACAGAGGUCAGUAAUGGUAAGACACAGGCUCAAGCAGGAAAUCAGACUGUGAAUGCGCCCUCGCGGUCCUCUGAGAAGAAGGGUUUGCCUCAGAAGUCUUCUCCUGGGCUUUCAUCUGGGAAGCAGGCGAUAUCGAAUCUCCUGAGUUCAAUGAUGCAUUGCAAUAUCUUUGAUGGAAGAUGGGUUAAGGAUGAUUCUUAUCCACUCUACGCACCAGGUUCUUGUCCUCACAUCGACGAGCCGUUCAAUUGUUUCCUCAACGGUCGGUCCGAUGCAGCUUAUCAGAAACUUAGAUGGCAACCCAAGGACUGCAAUAUCCCAAGGUUGAAUGGGAGGGAUAUGCUAGAAUUGUUGAGAGGAAAACGAUUAGUUUUUGUCGGUGAUUCCCUGAAUAGAAAUAUGUGGGAAUCUCUGGUUUGCAUUCUUAGAAACUCGGUGCAAGAUAAAAGUAAGGUCUUUGAAGCUUCUGGUCGACGGGAAUUUCGAACAGAGGGUUCUUACUCCUUUCUAUUUGAGGAUUAUAACUCCUCAGUGGAGUUCUUUCGAUCGCCUUUCCUGGUUCAAGAGUGGGAAAUGCCAGACACGAAUGGAUCAAAGAAGGAAACUCUGCGGCUCGACAUAGUUGAGAGAUCUUCUGAUAAAUACAAGAAUGCAGACAUCAUCGUCUUCAACACGGGACACUGGUGGACUCAUGAGAAGACUUCAAAAGGAAAGGGCUAUUACCAAGAAGGUAGCCAUAUCUACGAUGAGUUGAACGUUGUUGAGGCAUUUCGAAGAGCUGUGACAACUUGGGCGAGAUGGGUUGAUGCCAAUGUAAAUUCUAAGAAGACCCUGGUUUUGUUCAGGGGCUAUUCUGCUUCUCAUUUCAGUGGUGGGCAGUGGAAUUCAGGUGGACAAUGCGACCAUGAGACUGAACCCAUCAGGAACGAGACGUAUCUGUCGGGGUAUCCACAGAAGAUGGCAGUGCUAGAGUCGGUGAUCAGGUGGAUGAAGACACCCAUCUCCUUCCUGAAUAUUACAAGAAUGACCGAUUACAGGAAAGAUGCCCACCCUUCAAUAUACAGGAAACAGAGCUUGACGGAUGAGGAACGGAGAUCUCCACUGAUGUUCCAAGAUUGCAGUCAUUGGUGCCUCCCUGGAGUACCUGAUUCAUGGAAUGAGCUCCUUUAUGCUCAGCUCUUGAUCAAAUACAAUCAGGAACAACAGCAACAACAGCAACAACAACAACAGAAGAAGAGACCAUAGUGGUCAAGGGUAUACAGAUUAAUUAGAGGCCAUGUUAAGCAUUAAAUUAAUGGGUAAACUGUAUUAUAUAGUGUUUUUUAUUCCUUCUUUUUGGAAAGAUAGAAAUACGUCAAUAACUGGAAGAAGAUCCAAGAAAGAGUGUUCUUUAUGUUUUAUGAUUAUUUUUUAGUUUGAAGAGAAGUAGAAAGAAGUGAGGAGGAAGAGAAAUGGGUUUAU